AUGCUCCCAGGGACACACGUCUUCUCUCAUCAACAUCAAUACAAUCCGCAGGUUGACCAACCAUGGAUGCAACAGCAGACCCACCAUCAACAGGCGCAGCAGCAGCAUGCGGCGGCGGUAUCCGCUCAUUACAAUCGCAUGGCGGCUCAAAGUCAAAACCACAACGCCGCAGUACCUUCAAUCUCUUCCAACCACGGACAAGACCCGGCUAUGAUCGACUCCAACGUUUCGGAGGAGAAUAGAAGGACUUUGAACUUCAUUGCAGAUUUACUCAAUGAAGAGACCAGGGAAGCUGCCCUUCUAGAGCUCAGCAAGAAGCGCGAGCAAGUCCCAGAGCUUGCAUUGAUAUUGUGGCACUCAUUUGCUCACAUCCCUCUCUUUCUCUAUCCCUUUCUCAACACGACUUCUAAAUCCCGACCUUUCGAGUAUCUACGUCUUACCUCUCUCGGAGUCAUCGGCGCUCUUGUCAAGAAUGAUUCAUCCGAUGUUAUCAACUUUCUCCUUACUACCGAAAUAAUUCCACUAUGUCUUCGAAUUAUGGAGACCGGAUCAGAACUCAGCAAGACAGUCGCAAUCUUCAUUGUGCAGAAGAUCCUUCUCGAUGACCAUGGUCUGAAUUAUAUCUGUGCCACAUACGAGAGAUUUUACGCUGUCGGUACAGUACUCAGCAAUAUGGUUUCACAACUUGUGGAACAACAAACGGCACGAUUGUUGAAACAUGUUGUCCGCUGCUUCCUUCGUUUGAGUGAUAAUGCUCGAGCCCGAGAAGCCCUCCGCCAAUGUCUCCCCGAACCUCUUCGCGAUGCCACAUUCUCCUCAGUCCUACGCGAUGAUGCUGCUACAAAACGAUGCCUUGCGCAGCUCCUCAUCAAUUUAUCCGAUAAUGUUGUUGAAUCUUCAUCUGGUCACCAAGGUCUUUGA